UUUUCACAUCUGUUCACAGUUGUUUAUUUUUGAAAAUUUUGAAUUGGAAGUUGAGUCUGCUGUUUUUGUACUUGGUUGGUUUUACUUGUAACUGAGUCACUUUUUUUGUUAUUUGGUGUUAAUUUUCAAAUUACUAAUUGUUAUAUUUUCUAAAUUCUUAAAAAUGCCUUCUAAAAACAUUUACUACUCGGAUAAAUAUUAUGAUGAUAAAUACGAAUACAGACAUGUAACCUUACCGAAUGAGAUUGCCAAAAUGGUCCCAAAGACACAUUUAAUGUCUGAAGACGAGUGGAGAAGUCUAGGAAUCCAGCAAAGUCAGGGUUGGAUACACUACAUGAUUCAUGAACCCGAGCCUCAUAUUUUGCUAUUCCGAAGGCCGCUUAAAGGUCAACCACCUACUCAAGUUGAACAAUUAAAGGCAGAAAUGACUGCCGAGCAAUGAUGCUAUUGCAAGAUUAGCUGUCUAUCUAUACCAAAUUUCUUGUCAUUUCAUCCUGUCUUCAUAUUGGAUAUUUAAAUUCAGAAAUGCAGCGCAAUGUACAAAAUAACAGUUUUAAAAUAAGGCAAAUUUUUCUAUACCUAUUUCCUUAACAUGAUUAAAACAUUCCCGCCUUAAAA